GUCCACGGCGCCUCAGAGGAGGAGGAGAAGGAGGAGAAGAAGAAGAAGAAGAAAACGGUGCGCUGGUCUGUAAGAUGGUGUAUUCUGACCGUUAGACAGGUGAGACAUUACAGGUGGACGCUGCGGGAUGGAGACGGCCUGACAGUCCCACAGGAAACAUGGAAGUUUGUUUUCUGCGCGGUUUGCUGCUCGUCUUCCUGACGGCUCGGACUUUGGCAGACGAUGGACAGCUGACCUUUGCGUCAGAGCUCUCAUCCAAACCUGCUCAGAAGUUGUCCAAGUACGGCUGGUACGGCAGCGUGAGGCUGCAGAGGUUCCACAUACCGGAGGAGACGGCCGUCGCUCGCUGGCUCUUCUCUGUGACCAAGGGCCACAACUUCAACUGUGGACAGCACAACGUCACCAUCCACAUCCGAUGGGGCGCCCCUCCAGUUAUAAACCCAGUAGCGUCCGUGUUUCCCAACUCAACCCUUUGGAGCCCCUGUUUGUCUCUGACUCUGCCGGUAACGUCGCAGAGCUCCACAACGUUCAACAUCUCAGACCCUGCUCCGGGCGACUGGUACGUUGCUGCUCACCUGCCUGAAGAUGACGGGCGCAUCGAGCAGAAGGGCUUUCCGUCCUGCUCCUACUUCUUCCAGCCUCAGCUAUCGGUCAGGAGAGCUGUAGACACACCUGUUUUACAGCAGGGCACAUUCCUAACACAGACUGCAGCCCCUGACAGACCUGCACGCCUUAAGUUGUAUGUUCCCGAGUUUGUCUCGUCUCUCUCGGUCUCUGUGGCUGACUGUUCGUCCGGGGAGGGAGCAGAGAGUGGAAACUGUUCGCUGGUCCUCAGGCUGGGUUCUGCUUCUCUGCAGCACGGCCCGGUAACAGUGAACUGCUCAGGGAUUGGCUGCUCUGCUGCUCUCUCUAACCCUCCAUGGCACACAUGGUUGAGGGUUGUCGUGGAGAGCAGCCAAGUCAACCGUACUUUGACCUUUAGUAUUGUCUCAAACUACACAGUGGGAUGUAAGCCAAAAAGUGUAGGCCUUAAAGCGGAUGAUGACAUCAGCAGGCUCCGUGGCAACAGCAGCUAUACCAACUCGACAUCAGCAGGCAACAGCUCAGCGGUUCCAGACGCAGCCGCCUUCAGCAACGAAUCCGCAUCGCUGAUGACGCCGCUGUUGGCGUCGGCGUGCGUGUGGAGCAUCCCGGUGCUGUACGAGGAGGUGGACGUUCUGUCGAUCCGGUUCACCCCCGUCACCGGACCCAACAUCAGCGUCACGAACACACACCCCACACUGCUCACCUACCCCCUGCUCUCACAAGCCACCGGCGGCACCCUCAACCUGCAGCUCACACUCAACUCUACUAAUGCCACCUUGGGGAACAGCAGCAGCGUGGUUGCUUGUCUCUCUCCCUGGGCUCCAGUCACUGAGCUGAACCACUCUCAGCCUUGUCGCACAGCUUUGUUUGGAGGCUACAGUGUUGGUGUGAAUGCCAGCGUUAAUAAAGCUGUGCUCAGGCUGCCUUUUCCUCAGUCAACAACAUGGUACCUCACUCUGCAGGUCGUAUGCAACAGCAGUAAUUGUGGUAACACAUCGGUGGUGUCGGUGGUGCCGGAGGUGUUCAUCAGCGCCUGUGUGGAGGACUGUGGGACGUACGGUGAAUGUAGACUCCUGAGGUCCUACAGCUACCUGUAUGCUGCCUGCGUCUGCAAGGCUGGCUGGAGUGGUUGGGGCUGCACCGAUGACUCAACAGCUCAGUCUUACCGCCACCAGUUGACAUCAACGUUGCUGCUCACGCUCAGCAACCUGUUUUUCCUGCCCGCCAUCGUGGUGGCCGUCAAACGCUGCUACAUCACCGAGGCCUCCGUCUACCUCUUCACCAUGUUCUUCUCCACGUUCUACCAUGCUUGCGACCAGCCCGGUGUAGCAGUGCUGUGUAUAAUGGACUACGAUACGCUACAGUACUGUGACUUCCUGGGUUCGAUCUGUUCCAUCUGGGUCACCAUCCUGUGCAUGGCCCGCAUCAAAGACGCAUUCAAAUAUACUCUGUUCAUGCUCGGCGCUCUGCUGAUAGCCAUGUCAAUGCAACUGGACCGCAAAGGCCUGUGGAACCUGCUGGGUCCGAUCCUCUGCGCCAUACUGUUCAUGGUCAUCGUCUGGGUGUAUCGAGGGGUCCGUCGACGACAUUGUUACCCGCCCUCCUGGCAGCGCUGGGUCUUCUUCCUGAUCCCAGGAGCCCUCUGUGCCCUAGUCGGGGUAUGUUUGUACAUUUUUGCCGAGACGGAGGACAACUACUAUUACACACACUCGCUGUGGCACAUCCUGGUGGCCAGCUGCGUGGUGUUCCUGCUGCCGCCGAAGGAGAAGGACCGGGAGGCGCUGGGCUGGAGCCGAGGCUGGAGCUGGAGCUGGAGCUGGAGCUGGAGGCCUCGGGUUUGCGGAUAUACGCUCUGUCAGAGCGGCAAGGACGAACUCUACACUGUCACAUAGUAGAGCAGAAGACGCUGUGAAGAAGCAAAGUGUCGAGGUAUUGAUUCCUAGACUGCACUAUGAAACAUUCACAUACUUUAGAAGUACAUGGGACAAUCAAAUAUUUCAGAGUCUGUGCCUAUGAAAAGCAAAAAAACUUUAAAUUUAAAUUUGGCUGCCAUCCCCUCUGAUGUCGUCACUUAAUGUUGAAACUCUUCCACCGUGUCACUCUUCACCUUGAGAAUUUAAAUUUGGGGAAGAGGAAGCAGUAGCAGGGCUCUGGCCAGUAGAGCAGGUGACGAGUGAUGAUUGAGGUAAAGAAAAAUCCUCUUUGAAUGAUGCCAAAACUGCUCCAACACACCACAGGUCAGGUUAGUCGCACCAGAUGUUUUCCCUGAGACGCCUUCAGACGUAGAGCUCUGCAUCGACAGUCUGACUCUGGGAGACAUGGUGCACGAUAACGCGAAUGUCAACGUAGAGCAUCCUCCUCCUGGAGGCUGUGGGCUCCUCCACAGCGAAGACGGCUGUUUGCUCUGUGGGUCGUAGCUGCAGACCUGCCUCGUUCGCUCGUCCCUGCCUGGUGAUAGUGGUUUUUUGCAGACUUUGCCUCGGUGCUGUUUUUGGAGGAAUCACAAAUGCAAACCAACAAGUGGUCUCAGAAACAUGCACAACAUCGUGUGGAAUCCUGACUCACCGGCGUUACUGGUUGAAUGACCUUGUUGCGCUCUGCUGGUGCACAACAGGAACAGAGUCUAGUGUUUUCUGAUCGCACCUCACAUAGGGGGCCUGCUGGUGUUUUAUCUUUAACAAUCUCCUCAAAGUUCCUCUUUAUUAAUAUAUUUUAAAAUCAAACUCAGAUCUAUAUUCUCAUAGAUCUACGGCAAAGCUCUUCGUAUAUUGGUUUUCUAAAUUAAAACGACCAACUUGCAGACGUCCUGAAACGCUCCACUCAACCCAAAACCCAACCUGCUGAAACCUCCGCGGUGGUCCAGAACAUCUUCAGGAAGCCGACCACCUGACCUUUGACCUCACGACCAGGAGUUUGUGCAUAUUGUGUAUGUACGUAUUUUACUAGAGUAGGAAAUGAAUGUUUGAACUAUUUAUAAGGGACAAUAGCACUUUGUGGAACUCUUUAUAUUCAGCCUAUCAUGGAGUCUACUGAUAUGUUCUAUUUACAGCUGAUGCAAACUCUCCUCCCUCUUGUAUUUUCCUGUUUAUUUUUAUUUUUCCCACAGGUCUGGGCAAAAAUUUGAAGCUAGUUUUUGAUCCAUUUAAGAUGUGCUUGAUCUUUAACUGCCAGGUAACAUCAGUGAAAGUACUUGUUUUUCCAGAGUUUUGACACUCUGUCAUGUGGUCUUCCCUGCACGAUGCAGAACAAGAGAAACCAUCGUAUAGAAACCAUUUAAAACUCUCAAACUACUCCUUUGCCAAAGUCACAUUGAUCAUGCCUUCACGUUGUGUCAUUAAAGGGUCCCUCAGUGAU